CCUUCUUUACCGGCGAAGUAACGAGCAUCACCCAUGAAAACAUUGUGUUCCAGUUCCGAUGCCUGCUGUAUCAAAAUCAGGAUUUGCCUCUCUUGCGUCUUAAGGCACGCACCCUAUCUACCCUCAUGCUUACACAGCAUGUUCUCGCGACAGGAAAGGGAGUUAGAUCUGCAAACCGUCGCGUCACUACAUUGCUGCUAACUUGAAAGCAGACGACCACAGGGUCCCAAACGUUAAGAAAAAGGUAAAAGCUGAAAAUGGGAAAGAAUCACGUGACCCCGCUUGUUUAUAUACUACUUGUUUGGUUUCCCUGGACGACAGCCAUGUCCAGCUCACAGAGAGACAGACGACCCACACAGGAUGUUGUUCACCAGCACCAGGAUGAAAACGGUGGGUCACAUGAUGGCAGUCACAGAAUGACGACGAUGCUGUCCAGCGAAGUGCCUCACGAUAUCUCACAAAACAUACCACCAGGUGAUUUCCUGAUGAGGUCGGCGGAUCUAAAAACGGGAUCUAGGAAUGAUGAAGCUCUAAAGGUAACAAUUUCCUCUUCGUUGAAGGGUGAAGAUUUUACCUGGAUCGGUGACAUAAAUGACGAACCAAGUGCAGGUUUAGACAUUCAUAACAACCACAUUAAUAAGUUAAUGAAAACCAAGGGCUCACAAAAGCAACCUUUGUCCUCCAUCGAUCACAGAAAAUCAAGGGUCAAAGCGCGGCAGCGACGAGAAACUCGCAGACGACAAAGUCGACGUCACGGGUCAAGGGGCAGGCAGUCGUCUGCGGCAAUCAGUAGCUCCCAACACAUCAAUAGCCUGCCCCAUUCCGCGUCCCAAAUCGGACCCAAGCUCCUGCCAGCUCUGCCGCCCGGCUCCCUCAACGUUACACUCCAGAAAUUUGGCGCAUCCGUCCCACCCAGUCAACCCGUCUCGGCUCAUUUCAAAUCUUUCUCACUCUUUUCUUCAGCGACUUCAUCGGAUAGCAAGAGAUCGGGGCGCCAAAAACAGAGAGGAAUUAGUACUCCCCCAUCCUUGGGCAUCCUCACAACAACGUCACCUUUCGAACACCACCUCCACCACCAGCAACUCCUGUUAGGUCAACAACGUAAUAUAUCCGGCGAUAUGGCGGCUCUGACUAGCCAUUACGGAUCCCUUCCGCUGAGACAUCACAAUACCUCCGCACAAGAACCUCGUCACAGGGAAGAGAAUCUUCAUACAAAAGAACAGGCUGACGUCAAGAUCAAUGUCCAGGGAAGGCUGCAAGAGUGUCAGCAGUGUGACCUUGACCUGCGCAUGCUUCGAGCAGCGUACAAGAAGAACCUGGAGACACUCAAGCUGGUGUUGAUGGAGGCCAUGGAUCGCUUCAUUCUCGACCCUUCACAACUCCUGACCUCCGCCCUCUGUGACGUUUUGAACAUUCCUUCGGCUCACCAUUCUCACCGCAGGUCGUUCACUUCCACUGCAGGUCCGCUUCGCCCCGUCUACGGGCCACGUCGGCAUUCACACGGGAGACACCCACACGACAACGACGAAGAGCGUCACUCAGCCGUAAGCCUAGCGUCAGAGGAUAGUCGCCCUGGCGUCAGCUUCACGUCAGAAAGUAGACCUCACGCUAAUCGCGGAAGGUCUUAUCGCGAAGAGGCGAGUCAUCUGUCGCAGAACGCACGUAAUUCAGGUGCGUCCGGCAUUCCUGCGCAUUGGUCUCGCCCAGGUGCUGAUGUGAUAGACCAGCAGGGCAGCAGCAGGGCGUCGAGUGAAGCAGCCGAAAUAAACGUCGGGAGUUCGCACCUUCGUGGGAACGGGCAGAGGGGCAGAUAUAACGAGCAAGAUGAUUGGCUCACUGGUCGCCUUGACCUUGACGCGAAAGACAACGCCAGAACGAGCAGUGCGUUGAUCUCGGAACUGUCCCAAGAUCACGCGACGCAGAAAGAAAUCCGAGAGAGUGGAAGUCGUUCAGCAGUCAAGACGACGGAAAGCCCUCGGGAAAGAAACGUGGUAUGGAGCACAACACACGAUCAAAGUGACUACACUUCAGAAUUGACAGGGCGUUCUCGUAAAAGCAGCUUUUCGGACAACAGUACCAGAAACACAGGUGUGGGGCAGGUAGGACAGGUAAAAGGAAACCAAAUCAGCAGCCGUGGGUCAGGUUUGUCGGUCAAGCCUGGUGAUCCAAAUACGCGAGCAGCUAGCCUUCAAGAUGAGGGCGGUCUGCUGGGUGUUGCCAAGAUAUCACAGGACGGGUGGCUGCCACACUCGAGCCGCCAACCGACGGCGUCUUCAGAUACUCUCACUUCCGAUCCAUCCACGUCAAACCUGCGUCCACUCAACGACACUAGACAACACGCUUUGGCUGCACAGCAAAACGUCACCAUCCCGCAGUCGGACAAGAAGACUAAUGGAAUUCGGGCCAGUGUCGAUGGUGGUCACAAGAGUCAAGAGGCUGACCUUCGCACAGAACUUGAGACCAGAGGCAAGAAUGUGACUCACAAUGAGGGUCGCAGAAAGGAGAGAGUAAUGUCAGAACAGGAAAGGCAAUUUGAUGAAAAACAGCAGAGAGAGUUCUGGGAGAGGUGGCGACAAGAACAACAAGAGGAGGAAAGGUCGAGAGUCAACCACCCUGGAGCCCUGUCCUGCAUUCUUGGGCCCUGGACGUCGUGGGCCGGCCCAGUGGGCUUCGGUGUCAUCGAAAGGAGGCGGUCAGUCGUGGGCGGCGAUGAGGGCUGCAUGACCAGCGAAGGGGACCUUGUCAUGAGAGUGGACAUCUCGGUCUUCAACGACAAGAACACCUACUACAAGACACCGGAGGCAGUCGGGAAAGACUUCGAGGCAGACUUCACGCGCUCGCACGAACCACGUGACCUACUCCUCGUGCUCGACGCCUCGGGCAGUAUAGAGGCAGACGACUUCCGUCUGAUGAAGGAAGGGGUAGAACUGAUGGUGGAUCUUUUCUGCGGGGGGUUCGGGCCAAACGCUGAAAACAACCGACUAGCGGUUGUUGUGUUUGCCUCGGAUAUUGACGUGGUGUACAGAUUUAGUGAUGACCAGUCACCUGAAACAAUACGCAAUGCCAUUUCAAACAUGACGCAACCGAACGGCAACACCUGCACGGGGGACGCGCUGCGCUUCGCUCAUGACGUCGUUUAUGCACCUGAAAACGGUGCCCGAGCUGAUGUCGUUCACGACACGCUUCUAGUCACGGACGGCCACUCCAACUGCGGGAAGGUAACUGUGCAGGAAGGGGCAAACCUGCUGCAUAACGUCUCCAAUGUCUUCGCUCUUGGAGUGGGCGUGGCCAACGACACAGCUGCGCGCUGGGAGCUCAACUCAGUCGUGUCCAACCGCGACCCGCGGCACAUCUUCUCCCUCUUGCGUUUCCAGGACUUCAAGGGCAUGCUGCAGAGCAUUCAGCACCGGCGGGGACAGGACUCGUGUCUGCCUAUCGUGGCUGACACUUCGGCCGAGGAUUGACGGCCUUCUCACGAAAGAGAUUCUCUGCCUGGAUGCCACCUGCGCCAUGUUGGGGCUUCAAUAGGCCACCCCCUAUAACUGGUGAGGCUCUUUAGAACGCCCUCAGGCCAUGUUAAGGCUCUACCAUGACGCCACCCACGUGUUGGGAUUUCAGAAAUGAGCGUCGCCAGAAAUCAGGCUUUAAGGUUGUGUUCUUGGCGAGAGAUGACGCGGCCAAGGUCACCGGAAUCUCCUAGUUCCUUAUGAAAGCUGAUAUAGAGUAUAUGGGAUUUACACAGUGUGAAGUCACUACAAAGUUGAAACAUGUCGGCUUAAACCUUACCGCUUGAUUAGUUACUCACAGUUCACAAUCGCAUGUUUGAAGAUGUCUCAUCCCCAAUUCUAAAGAAUUCAUUGCUUAAAAAAAAGCAAACCAACCAAAAACAAAACUACAGCUGCAUUGGAUUAAAAUUACAAAAAAAAUCCUUGUCCCUUCAUCCCGAAAGACAGUUCCUGUUUGUUGGUAUGAAAUGAUUCUUCUGGUGAUGGGAUGAUAAUUUCAAAGGGUGGUGGGGGUGGAAUAUGAGAGCUGUUAACUAAUCUAGAUGGAAAAGGUAACAACGCUUCACAGGUGGGACAUACAUAAGAUCUCUGUGCUACAAAACACACUCAUUCAACUAGAAUUUAUGUUAACUGUUAUUAUGAACACCUUUGGGUGAUCAUGAGUCAAUCCCCCCUACCCCACAAAAAAACAUCAGCUUGCUAUUCACAUGCUUCCACAAAAGCACUUUUAAAGCCAACAUUGCGGGUGACUGACCUCUAUGUUUUCGACAAUACUUGAGAUUUUAAAAGUAGAUACUAAUUUAUAUCAUAUGUUUUAUCUAAUCCUCUAAUCCUGACUAAGAUUGUUUGGCAAAACUUGAUCUUUUUAGGAUCAUCAGUAUUUCAGACCUUUACCAACCCAUUGUUGAAAGAUACAGGUGAACAUCUACAACAGUUUGAUCCUGACACAGAUCACAGGAAGCAAAGAGUACCUCAGAUCUAUUCAGAUAUUUGUUCAAGUUAACUAAGGAGUCACCUUUUUUCUGGUUGGAAGAUUAUGCAGUGUGAGUUUUGCCUCAAUUUCGAUAUGCAACAACCAUUAUCCUAACCAUCUAGAUGCUUAACAAUGAUGUGGUUGUGAACUGACAACAGCUGUGGGUUUAAGUUUGUUAAAGUAUAGACAGACAAUCCAGCCUGAUGAGUCUCGACUAUAAACAAUUUGGAGACGCUUGGCACGGAUAUUGACGCUAUACAAAUGUUUUGAUCUGGGCUGGAUGUAUAUUGACUGUUCAUAAUUUACGGACACUUUAGAAUUAUUGCUUGGCAAAAAUGAAUUUAUAAAAAAUAAAAAUUUUCUAAUGUGUGACUUU